AUGGAGACUAUCGACCCCACCACCGGGCGCCCCCUCCCGCCCGACGCCAUCCAGCGCAUCCUCUACAUUGCGCGCAAAGUCCACAUCUACCAGAUCCCGCCCGCCACCACGACCAAGGGCUACAACGCCGCGUCCUGGACCGCCAACGACAACGCCAACCUCAUCUUCACCGCCCGCCUCCGCCUGCUCGAGACGGCCGUGCCGAACCGGCACGACGGCGACGGCGACGACCAGCCCUCGGAGACGGUGACGACGAGCCUGCUGCUCGAGGACCCCAGCACGGGCGACCUCUUCGCCGCCGCGCCCUACACCAGCCCGGCCGUGGUCGAGCAGGCGCUCGACAGCAGCCGCUUCUUCGCCGUGCGCGUCGUCGGCGAGGGCGGGCGCAAGGCGACGCUGGGCGUGGGCUUCGAGGAGCGCUCCGACGCCGUCGACUUCAGCAUAGCGCUGCAGGACUCGCGCAAGGUGCUGGGCUUCGAGCCGACGGCGGGCGGGCCGGGCAAGCUCGCCGGCGCCAAGGGCUCCUCCGCCGCCGCGGCCAAGGAGGACGAGAAGCGCGACUUUAGCUUGAAGGAGGGCGAGACCAUCACCGUCAAUAUUGGCGGCCGUGGCCGCAGGCGCCAGAACGAUGCCCCGCCUGCCCAGCAGGACGCCCAGGCUGCCCUCUUCUCGAUAGGUCCCCCGCCCUCGGCCGGCAAGAACAACGGCGGCGCUGUGCCUUUCUUGCCGCCCCCGCCCACGGCGUCAGAAGUCAAGGCUGAGCGCAGGCGGAGCAAGGGCCUGCCGCUGCACGGCCAGGUGCAGCCACGACAAGCGGGACCCACGGCGCAGGAGUUGGGCUUCGAUGACGGCGAGUUCGGCGAGUUUCAGUAG